UGCUGCCGCUGGCGCUGCUGCUGCUGGCGGGCGCGGCGGGCGCCGGGCAGCUCUCCAAAUGGCGGCUGCCGGUGCCCAUGGGGAAGAAGUUUUUUAACUUUGGGAAGAUUCUCUUCAGCAACACCACUAUAUUCUUAAGAUUUGAAGGAGAUGAGAAGACUUGUGAUCACUCCCAAAGUUACAAUGUUACUUGGUACUUGAGAUAUUCUGAUUGCUACAAUGAAGUCUUCAACUUUGGGGAUGAACAGGCAGAGUAUUAUUUUGGGACUACAUCUGAGGAACAUCCGGGUUGGUCGGGAUACUAUGCCAUGGCUUCUCUCUUCUUUCCCAACUGCUCUGAGCUCUUCAAGCCCCAGGUUUUCUAUAAAGAAUUUGUUCAUCCAGAGCCUCUUUCACCUGAGAAACAAGAGGGCUUAAAAGAUAAGAAGGAGAGUGGAGCAAAUCACACCACAGUGGCAGAUAAAACAGCAAUGAAUGCUGUUAUUAAAACUUGGCGAGAUGGACCAUAUAUAUUUAUUGUGCAAAUUGGAAUUUCAGCUGUGAAAGACUCUACUAAUAAAGUUAAAAGAAUGGAGAAAACAACACCUUCCUCUAAUCUCAAAGAGAAGCCCUUUACAAUGACAGUAGAACUGAAGGGGCCGUAUGAGUAUCUCUCACUUGCAGACUAUCCUCUGAUGAUUUUCUUCAUGGUGAUGUGUAUUGUGUACGUAUUCUUCGGGGUUCUAUGGCUUGCAUGGUCAGCCUGCUACUGGCGGGAUCUCCUGAGGAUCCAGUUCUGGAUUGGUGCUGUUAUCUUUCUGGGGAUGCUUGAGAAAGCGGUCUUCUAUGCAGAGUUCCAGAAUAUCCGCUACACAGGGGAAUCUGUCCAAGGAGCAUUGAUACUGGCAGAACUGCUUUCGGCUGUGAAACGUUCCUUGGCUCGAACUCUGGUCAUCAUAGUCAGCCUAGGAUAUGGGAUAGUCAAGCCUCGCCUUGGAGUUACUCUUCACAAAGUAGUUAUGGCAGGAGCUCUUUAUCUAUUAUUUUCUGGCAUGGAAGGUGUUCUUAGAGUCACAGGGGCCCAGAAUGAUCUUGCCUCCUUGGCUUUUAUUCCCCUGGCUUUCCUAGACACUGCCUUGUGCUGGUGGAUAUUCAUCAGCCUGACUCAAACAAUGAAACUGCUAAAACUACGGAGGAAUGUUGUGAAACUCUCUUUGUAUCGGCACUUCACCAACACACUCAUCUUGGCAGUAGCAGCAUCCAUUGUAUUUAUCAUCUGGACCACCAUGAAGUUCAGACUGGUGGAUUGUCAGUCGGACUGGCAGGAGCUGUGGGUGGAUGAUGCCAUCUGGCGUUUGUUGUUUUCAAUGAUCCUUUUUGUCAUCAUGAUUCUGUGGAGGCCAUCUGCCAACAACCAAAGGUUUGCUUUCUCACCGCUGUCUGAAGAGGAGGAGGAUGAUGAACAGAAGGAGCCAAUGUUAAAAGAAAGUUUUGAGGGAAUGAAAAUGAGAAGUACAAAGCAAGAACCAAAUGGGAAUGUGAAAGCAAACAAAAUUCAGGAGGAUGACCUGAAGUGGGUAGAAGAGAAUGUUCCUUCUUCAGUAACUGAUGUUGCUCUUCCAGCUCUUCUGGAUUCAGAUGAGGAACGAAUGAUUACACACUUUGAAAGGUCCAAAAUGGAAUGAAGGAGCAGCAAAUGGAGUUUUUGUUAUUAGACUUGGGGACAACACUCCUAAAGUUGCUUGAUGGAUCAAGUGCAACCUGCUGAUUUGUUUCUUCAUCUCAGCCUUGGGAGUUUGAUGCUUUAUUGGCAUGAGGGCAUCUUGCUGUGGAAGAAGUUCACAAAGACAUUGAUACACCUUUUGGAAAUUUUGAAUUUUCAAAGUUGCUGCAAGUUUGGAUUUUUAAGCAAUUUAAAUGUAUACUAUUCUGGCACCUUCUGUAACUUUUCAAAUAUUUAAUCUGUGAAACUAAA